CAAGAGCAAUCCAGCAGUCAGUUUCUUCUGGGACGACCCAGCGGACGGACGCGGAACAAUACAACCGCUCUCUAUUAUGAGCACUGGGUGUUCAGCCCAACUCCGCUGCUGCUUAUCCCAAAACUUCAGAUUCUGCGACAAACAACCGAAGGCGACCUUUCGGCUGUUUGGAUUUCCUAACCACCAGAAGGAAUCUGAUGAGAAAAGGUGAAGAUGGGUGAGUGCGAGCUGCGUGCCGAGAGGCUCUCGUUCCAGUGCCUCUUCCAACAGGAACGUAGCAAAGAUGUCGAGUUCGAGGUUGGUCCUCCCGAAGGUCAGGCAUGGCGCCUGACGGCACACCGCCGAGUGCUGGCGGCCUGCAGUCCUGUUUUGAGGGCCAUGGUGUUUGGGCCUCUGGCCCAUAAAAGGGGCAGCACCAUCGAGAUCAGGGAUAUUGAACCGCGCGCCUUUGAUUGUCUUCUUAGAUAUGCGUAUGGUCAUCCACCACAGUUCCAAACGUUGUCCACCGCGUUGUCCACUCUGCACGUGGCGCACAAGUACCUGUGCCCGGGCCUUGAGUGGGAAUGUGCCGCCUUCCUCAACGAGCAGGUGCAAACGCGACCCGACUGCGCCCUUGAGGUCUUUCAGGCCACCAGCUUUUAUUGUCAAAUGAAAGAAGUGCUGGAACCAACAGCGCCCCCAGCUGAAGAUUUGGAGGCUGACGAGACCGAAGGCAGUCGUCUGAUGGACAGUCCGCGCAGACGGUCCCUGAUGGCCACUGCUGGUGAUGGUGGCCGACGCUCAAACUCGGACUGGAACGUGGCGAUGGGCGAGGCGAGCACUCGGCUGCGGCACAACUGCCUGCAGACGAUCGACCAGCAUGCCAACGACGUCCUCGCACUCGAGCAGUUGGAGGACUUGGAUCUGGAGUCCCUUCUGGCGGUCAUUAGCCGAGACAGUUUUGCCGUGACCUCUGAAGUGUCCCUUUUUAACGCCGUGGAAAGAUGGGCCGAGUGCGAAUGCAAACGCCGAAAGUUGCCACAUGCCGCCGAACACCUGCAAGAGGCCUUCGGAGGAUCUGCCGUCAUCUGCAGUGGAAAGGUGGCACGCCUGCUUCUGCUCAGCCCUCAGGAGUUUGCAGAAGGACCAGUGAGGAGUCCUCUGCUGACUGCUGAGGAGCAGAAGACAAUGUUGGUGCGCCUGGUUGGCAACAAUCCGUGGACGCAAGACGCCGCUGUUCUAAAGCCCCUGGACUACAUCGAAUGGGAGCAACUGGCGCGGCCGAGAGUUCCUUGCUCUCCGAACUACCUCCCGAUCAAGACCCAUCAGUACCCUGGCAGUUGCGAGGGCAGUCCUUGCAAGUCGUCAAAGAGCAAGUGCUGGCGGUGGUGGUGGCCGUGCCGGAGGAACAAACAGAAGCCCACCAAGGAGGCCAAGAAGAAGAGGCAACAGCAGGACAAGCAGCCCAAGUCAGAAAAGCCCAUUUGCUGCUCCAAAACGUGUGAUUAUUUCAUUAUUCUGAUCGCCUGCCUCUUCGACUGAGUGCAUGAUUUCCACCCACUCUUUUUUCGAUCUCUGCUGAAUUUUUUUGAGAGUUUGGAGAAAGAUUUUUUUAGUCGUUCUCAUAAAAAAAUUCCUAUCCAUUAUAAAUUGCUCCUGAAGAGUUUUCGUCUUUGAAAAACACAAGGAGCUGUCAAAUUUUCUGUAGCAAAAACUUCUCCAGACUCUCUUUUUGGCUCUCAAAUUUGUAUUCAGAGAGGGAAAAUUAUGGCGUCCAUGACACACAUACACAUCGCAUUGAAAUGGUGCCAUUUUUUUACAUUUUUCCAAAAUGACGUAGGUGCGAAAUUUCUAAGAAAAAAAAGCACAAUAUUUGACGAAAAAUAAAUCUGUGACGUGUAGAAAUGGAAAUUUCCUUUGUUAGAGCUUUUGAUUAGUCUAUAUUGAGAAUGUUAUGUACUAGCUGUUGACAAGCUCCUUUCUUAUUGUUCCUAUAUGUAGAUUACUACUAAAAGUAUAAUAUAGCCUCUCUCAAAAUUGCAACUGGAGGAGCCCCCACAAUGGAUUUGCCAGGCUCGUUUGCGUUUUGAGAGUAUUGAAAACCAAAUUGGGCUCUAUAUAAUUUAUGUUAAUUAUGGGAAAAAAAUUGUCAAAAUUUAUCUAUCGAAGAGGCUAUAAGCUAGUCAUGUUCAGUUCAGCCCGUAGCACACCUGUAUGUUUCUGUUCCACAACUAUUGUAGAGGUCAAAAGUUAAAUUUCAACAUUUUUUCUGUUUUAUGAAAAAGAUAUCCAUUCGAGAAGUAUAAUUUUGGUGCUAAUAAUUUGACCUCUACAUAUAAGAGUAGAGUGUCUACCAAAUUUUAAUGUAAAUCGUUAAUUGUCACAAGAAAAGUUAAAAAAUCAUGCCAAAAAUAUAUGAUAUAUUCAAUGCACUGAUACAGUUGCUAUGCAAAAUUUACAAGCUUAAUUGGACUGGUGUAACAAGUCUGAUCAAGCGCAAAUGAAUUGCAAAACAAAACAUAAUUUUAUACUGCUUUUGUACGCAGAAUUUUAGAAAUAUAGUUGUGUUUAAUUUAAUCCAGACUGUUCAAGUGCCUAUCUUGAAGAUGAAAUCGUAAAUUGUCAGUUUCAGAAGGCUAACUUAAUGAAUUUUACUUAAGCUUUUAGAAUAAAUUAACAACCUAUCAUGCAAUUUCUCUUACUUUUGUUCCUAUAAAUCUUUUUGCAAUUGUAUUAAGUGCUUUGAAAUUUGUUGGAAAGACGCCGGAAACUAAUAUGAAUGUUGAAACUAACUCAAUAUAUACAUAUAUGUCACCGCCUCUGCGUGUUUGAGGCGUUUUGUUCGCUUUUGGAAAUUAUGUUGUUUAUUCAUCAGGAAUGAAAAAUAAAAUCAUGUUCGGAAACUCUGGAAGUAAAAUAAUAUGCAUUGGCCUAGCUGCGCAGGGCUCAGAGAGGAUGAUUUAUCAUUGAGCUGGACACUUACUAUAUCUCUAUGAAGAUGCAGGACGCAUCGUUUGCCGAUUUCGUUGCAUUUAAUUAAAGUUGUACGCCUACUUAAACAUCUUGUGUUGAAGCAUAAGAUAAAAUAAAAUGAAGUAUUAA